AUGGAGCGCCUGCAGAAGGAGGAAGCGCAGAAGAAGGAGGCAGAGGAGGCCGAGCGGCAGCAGAGGGCGAAACAGCAGGAGAUGGAGCGCCUGCAGAAGGAGGAAGCGCAGAAGGAGGCAGAGGAGGCGGAGCGGCAGCAGAGGGCGAAACAGCAGGAGAUGGAGCGCCUGCAGAAGGAGGAAGCGCAGAAGAAGGAGGCAGAGGAGGCGGAGCGGCAGCAGAGGGCGAAACAGCAGGAGAUGGAGCGCCUGCAGAAGGCGGAGCAAUGCCGAGCAGAGAAGAGGGCCAGACUUGCAUCCUACGCGGAACAGCAGCGGCAACUGGAGGCAAAGGCAAAGGCGAUGGCUGAAGAGACGGAACGAUUGGCAAGGGAGAUGGAAGAGGAGGAUUUGACCAUGCAGGGGGAGGGGACCUGGACAGGAGUCGAGGAGGAUUUGACCAUGCAGGGGGAGGGGACCUGGACAGGAGUCGAGGAGGAAAUAGUUGAGGGGUUGGGGACUUUGCUGUUGAUUGAGAGCGGGGAGGCGAAUGUAGCAGAGGGCGUGCCUAGUGUUCCUGUACGGAAUGUAGAGGUGUCCAGGAGGCGGCCUAGACAAGAGGACAGGGAGCCGGAGGGUCAUGCGGCUAAGAGACGGUGUGCAACUGGAAUACAGGAGUUGAUACCCAUAAUCCAAGGGGAAAAGAAAGGGAUGAAGAUCGACAAGUGUGACAACAGGAAAAACGCCGUAGUGGACGACAAGGGUAAGACUUUGGGUGUCUGCCUGCCGUUCAGGGGAAGCGGGUUCUCUCAACGGGGCGAGGGAGCUUUGCAGAAGUGGACGUCUGAGCAGACCGUCAGCGGCCGGAAGCGGAACCUCGGCUCUCACAAAACGGUGUGGGAGAGGGCAUACACGGUCGCAGUCUGCUGGAAGUUCUACUUCCCGGAUAUUGACAUGCAGGCAUACGGCAUGAAUCCAAACCGUAUAAACAAGUGGCGGGAAGACCUCGACUUCACAACGUGGCUUCCAACAGGGGUGUGGAGCGUCAUCAACGAACUCCACCUGGACAAACCGGACGGAUUCUCACUCGUUCAAACCAACACGGCUCUUUGGCAGCAGCAGGGGGAUGGCUUUCAGGUAGCUGCCUGCGCUGGUGUCGGAAUAACUGCGUGGCAGAAGAUGGUGGGAGGCGUGGAGGGUGAAAACGGCUAUUCGACGGAAGAACACGCAAUCGGACUUGCCGCCACGUUGUCUGUAAUGUGGGCCGCAUCCACGAAUGUGGACCAGACCCAGUGGGAGACGGGCGCAACAACAGCUGCACGUGGAACUUCUACGGCCAUAGCAUCUUUUGCUGCCAGAUCGUCCACUGCUGCCACCGCCUCGUCGGAUGCCUCGUCAUCUUCUGCGGCCGAUAUGCCCUCUGCCGUCCACAAUGCCCUUGCGACGCUUGCAGCCUCGGUUGCUUGCGUUGCGGUUGAGGCGAUGAGGUCGGUAAAGGAUCAGGAGCAUGACAAGGAAGCGUGGAUUCUGCCCCUGUCGGAUGCGCUGCUGAAAGCGCUUCCGGCAGAGUCGCGAGCGGCCGAGGAUGCGAAGCGGAUGACGAGGGUGGUGGCAAAGGUGGUGACCUCUUGGUGCCUAUGCAGCAUGGCAUCAAGAGGCCUUCGCCAGCACCAGGGCGUCUGGCUCGGAGUCCUGCAGAAGAAGUUGGGCGGCCGGGAUACCACAACAGGGGCGGAUAAGGAGAAGAAAACCAAGAAAUCGUCCGCGAAGGGGAACGCGACGAAGGAUGCGUCGACGGAGGAGAACACCGGCACUGGCGGCCAGGAUUGA